CCGGUUAAUCCGACUACUGGAGUGUGCAAUCAACCUAUUGCUACGGUUGCGAGUAACUGGGUUGCGAAUUCAGCCAAUGGAGUUUGUGAUCCCUGUCCGAGCAGCUGUUUAGCAUGUUCUAUCCCCAGUUCCACCAAUAAUACCGGUAGUCUCGCCUGCACAAAAUGCAUGACUGGCUUUGUCCUGGAUGGAGUAAACUGCGUCAGAACAUGUUCUCAGGGCAAGUUUGUUAAUCCGGCAGAUAACAUGACUUGUAUUCCGUGCGAUUCAUCUUGUGGAACGUGCAAAGGCUCCGCACCAAACCAAUGCCUCACGUGUAGCAACCCGUCCCAAUUCGCCCUUAACGGCACCUGCUCUGCGACGCCCUGUCCAACAGGCUUUGUGUCGGUUAACACUGCUUGCACCAAAUGCCAUCCUGAUUGUGCAGAAUGUAGCGGACCCGGCGUUAGCCAGUGUACGAAAUGUCCUGCUAAUCGUCCGAUAAUGACAAAGGACAACCAAUGCGUGGAAGUGUGCCCGGUGGGAACGUAUGCUGAUGUCAAUGCAAAAUGUCAAGCGUGCGAUGGUAGUUGUUCGUCUUGUGUUGGACCUCGUGAUGACCAAUGCUUGGGCUGCUCAGAUAAAAAUAAGGUUCUUAUUGGAGGAUCGUGUAGUGGGACAUGUCCUAGCGGAUCGACUCUCCUUCAAAGCGAACGUCUCUGCGGGACAAGUGACGGUCUAACGUCACCAAUUGCGCCAGUCCCCAUAUCGUCUAAAUCUCUCCCGUGGUGGGCUAUCUUUUUGAUUGUACUCGCUGCCCUGAUAUUUAUCGGACUCGGUACAUAUAUCGUACAUUACUAUGCUGUCAGACGGCGGCAAAAGAAAAUUGAAGAGUUUGGCGAUCAACUUGACGAGCAAGCUGUUACCGAAAAUCUGCAACAGCUACAAGCCGAACACGAAAGUACGCAUUCGAGAACCCCCAGUAAUGCAUUAUCCGAACCGCAAACAUCUUAUCAACCGUUUGCGAAUAAUUUGGUCAAACAAAAAGAAAGCGAAAAAGAGUUGGACACGGAAUCGUUCCCACCCGCAUAUGAUCCGCGCGAUGGGGAAGAAUACUGGAAAAAAUUAAAGCGAGCCAAUUCGAAGUUAUCGAGAAAAGCGUCGAUAUUGAGUAGAUUUGGUGAAUCCAGGAAAAAGGACGAUUGGGAAGGGUUUGAAGAGGUGACACUUAACGAGAAAGGUGUUGUUCGUAGUGGUAGCGGUAAUGGGAAAGGCAAAGCGCACGAAGAUAAUAAAAGGUCAGGGAGGUUUAGUAGUUGGGGGGAAAAUUGGAUAUAG